CAUGUCACUUGAAGUCACCAGUCAGACUCAUCUCCACGACUCCACCCCUCCUCUUUAAUUCCUUCACCUUCCCAUGUAACUAUAAUACUCCCAUAGCCUUAUUGCCUCCCCACUCCCCUCCCUCUUUUCUCCAUAAAAUCAUUACAUCUCUCUCUCUCUCUCUUCUUCGCUACAUAUAUGAUAAUCUUCUUUUUUUAUUUCUAAGUAAAUAUCUUCAUUCUUUUUGGCAAAUAUCACCGUCUUUAUUUCCCUAAAACAUGCCAAAUUUCUCCACACGGUCAUUGUAUUUUUUGGUCUUCUUGGUUGCUCUUUGUUUGUGCAACAGCUCGUAUGCCGAUAGCAAUGAUUUUCUGGUGGCUGGGUGUUUAAAUGUUCCAGCAGCCGAGUUUGUAGGCUCUUUAAGGACCACCAUUGAUGUUAUAAGAAAAGUGACCUCUAUUGUUUCUCAGUUCGGCAACUUUUUUGGUGAUUUUCGACUUACUAAUGCCAUUUCCGAUUGCCUUGAUCUGCUAGAUUUUUCUGCUGACGAGUUAAGCUGGGCUAUUUCUGCUUCCCAGCAUCCUAAUGGUAAAAAUAACAGCACUGGUGAUCUAACUUCUGAUUUGAGGACAUGGCUGAGUGCUGCAAUGGCUAAUCAGGAGACAUGUAUUGACGGCUUUGAGGGUACAAGUGGCAUGGCCAAAACAGUAGUAGGAGGGAGCCUUAACCAAGUCACUUCACUGGUCAGCGAUCUUCUGACCAAGGUGCACCCUGGUCCCGGUUCCCGGUCCAAUGGUGGUACCAGGAAUGGUGGUCUAAAAGGUGGUGGAGGUGGCGCUAGUGGGGGUCAUCCUGGCAAGAAACUUACAAAUAAGAACCAAUAUCCAUCAUGGUUCAAAAGGGAGGAUAGAAAAUUGUUACAAGCCAACGGGGUAUCAGCUGAUGUUGUGGUUGCAGCAGAUGGGACUGGAAAUUUUACUAGCAUAAUGGAUGCUGUGUCCGCAGCACCCGACUACAACAUGAGCAGAUACGUCAUUUACAUUAAGAAGGGUUUAUAUAAAGAGAAUGUGGAAAUUAAGAAGAAAAAAUGGAACCUUAUGAUCGUUGGUGAUGGAAUGGAUGUCACAGUGGUAUCUGGAAAUCGAAGCUUCAUUGAUGGUUGGACCACAUUUCGAUCAGCAACCUUUGCUGUAAGUGGAAGAGGAUUCAUAGCAAGAGAUAUAACAUUUGAGAACACAGCUGGGCCCGAGAAACAUCAAGCAGUAGCAUUGAGAUCCGACUCUGACCUAUCAGUUUUUUUCCGAUGUGCAAUUAGGGGCUACCAAGAUUCACUCUAUACUCACACAAUGCGUCAAUUUUUCCGGGAAUGUAAGAUCACUGGCACUGUGGAUUUCAUAUUUGGUGAUGCCACUGUGGUCUUCCAGAACUGUCAAAUCCAAGCCAAGAAAGGCCUAUCAAACCAGAAAAACACGAUCACCGCGCAAGGGCGCAAAGACCCGAAUGAACCUUCGGGCUUCUCCAUUCAAUUCUGCAAUAUCUCAGCUGAUACAGAUUUGUUACCUUUCGUUAACUCCACUCCUACAUACCUUGGCAGACCCUGGAAGCAGUAUUCAAGAACUAUUAUCAUGCAAACCUACAUUAGUAAUGCUAUAAUGCCUCAAGGGUGGCUUGAGUGGAAUCAAGAUUUUGCUUUGAGCACAUUGUACUAUGCGGAGUACAUGAACUUUGGGCCAGGGGCUGGGCUUGGUGGCAGAGUUAAGUGGCCUGGCUACCAUGCAUUAAAUGACUCUGCUCAAGCUGUUAAUUUUACAGUGGCUCAAUUCAUUGAAGGAAACUUGUGGUUACCGUCAACUGGCGUUAAAUACACAGCAGGAUUUGGGGUAUAAAAAGCAAUCGAAUGGCCUCUUUUUCAUAACGCAAUGGUGCUAAGUUUUGCGUAGAAUUUUUUUUUUCUCCGGUGGGUUUGAACUUUCAAGUAUUUUAGCUUUGGAAAGUGUUAAUGCCUAGCAUUUCAUAAUCAGACCCUUUUAUCUUUCUUAUGUCAGCUAAAGAUCUCUGAUUUGCAUUCAUUACUCACCAAAGAAUCGAUCUACGUUAUCCCAUUAGACAAUUCAUUAUUUUAUCAUCAAUUUAAUUUCCUGGCUUUAGGAAAAAUUUAAGACACGAAGUAUUAAAGAAAACAAAUGCCCCAGCUAAGAAGGUUAGAAAAUGUUGAUAAACAAACUAAGCAGGCUAACUCUUUUUUUCAUAUGCAGGGACAAAAGUUAAACGCAAUUGACUUUAGGGAAAAAUCCAAAAAAUCUUCUCAAAUCACGUUACAUUAUAUUUAGAUUGAGGGAAGGGGAAGGAAAGCAA